GGGUGCCUGGCUGGCUCAGUUGAUAGAGCACGUGACUCUUGAUCAUGAGUUUGAGCCCCAUGUUGGGCAUAGAGAUUACUUAAAAACAACAACAUACUAUGCAAACCAAACAAAACCACCUCUGUGCCUGAGAGUUGGCUCACCGGUGAGUUUGCUUAGACUGUGAGCUUCAUGAGGACAGGGCUAUCGCCUUUUCUUCCUCUUUUUUUUUUUUUUUUUUAAUUUUUAUUUUAUUAAGUAAGCACUGUGCCCAACAUGGGACUUGAACUUGCUGACUGAGCCAGCCAGGCACCCCAGGGUCUAUGUCUUUUGCUCUCCAUUGUAUCUCUAGUGGCCACCAAAGUGCUUGGCAAAUACUAGAUACUGAACAAAUAAUUGAAAGAGGGAAGGGAGGAAGAGAAGGGGGCGGUCCAGAAGGCAGAUAACAAAAAGUUGAGUGCUGUUAUCCUCUGAAUAUUGUUACUACCUUCAUUACAGCCCUUUGGAUUCCUUUCACCUCUCUCCUGUGUUGGAGGUGUUCGAUUUGGUCUGAUUCUCUGUCUUUUGUCUAUGACCCAGUUUUGGUUUAUUUGUUUUGUUUUAUCUUUGGAAGUCUUUGGAUCCUCCACUGUUCUAAGACAAUAUUAUAAUCUAUCUUUGUAUUGGUCAUUCAGUGGAUCCUUUUAAUCUAUCCUUCUGUUCUAUAAAGCUUUCUUUGAUUUCUUUCCCCUUUUUUCCUUCCUUUUCUGAAAUUUCUAUUACUUGACUAUUGGGCCUUUUGGAUUGAUCUAAAAUUCUUUUCUUUGUCCAUCUCUUUAUAUUUUUAUCUUUCUGUGUGAUUUUCUUGGCAUCGUUUUAUUUCUAAUUUUUCAUUUCAGUUGUCAUAUUUUUAAAAUCCUAGAGUUUCUUGCUGUUCUCUGAGUAUUCCUUUUUGAGGGCGACCUAUUUUUUAAUGAAUGCAAUAUCUUCUGGAAAUUUUGAGGCUUUCUUCUCCCUGCAUUUCUUUUCUUCAACCAAAUGCCUUUUUUCAGUUUGCCUGUUUUUACCUCUGUGGUUCAGGUUAGGGGCUUUCCUGUAGUGUCUGGUAAUCUCUGGCUAGUUGGUUGCUCACAUUGAAGAGGAAGGCAUGAAGGCAUAUUGGAAGGCCGAAGUGCAUGGAUAGGCCAUAUUGACUUGUGGGCACCACUGACCAGGAGAUCAGGUGAGGACUGAAAUAAGAGCAUCAGGAGGUCUUUUCUCCAGGGCUAUCGAGGGUCAAUUUCUCCGGAGAGGAAUCCUCUAGUCUGCUGGCCCUGGAGGGUUUACCCCUGGCCACUGGUUCUGAAUGCUGGUUAGGAGAAAGAAGUUGAUUUGAUAGUAACUUCCUCCUAAUCCUCCUGUAUUUGGGGCAGUGCCUCAUGCUCACCUGCUGUGCCUCAAGUCUCUAAGUCCUGGCCUCCCUAAGUCCCACCCUACCUGUUUCAGUUGCUCUAGAAAACAGAUCUCUUGCUUCUUUGGAAGCAGGGGGAAAGGAGGGUUGUUGCCUGACUGAAUAGAUAGGGGGAGGAGAGUGAGGGUCUAAUUGUUCCUUAUACACACUUCUACAAAUCCUUCCUGCCUUCCAAGAUGGCUAAUGUUUCCAAUUCCUGAGCCUUUCUGGGCUUCUGCCCCAAGAACCAGCUUGUUUCCCAUUGGCAUAGCCUUACAAGGACAUACUGGUUUUGGCUUUCUGCCAUGUGCUAAACCAGUUACCACUUCUCAUCUGCUUUCUAUCUUCUGCGAUUAUUGACAUCUCUCAUCUCUCCUCAUUUGCUUUAUUCUUCUGAAUUUAUUUUUUAUUUUUAUUUUUUUUAAAGAUUUUAUUUAUUUAUUUGACACAGAGAGAGGGAACACAAGCAGAGGGAGCGGGAGCGGGAGAAGCAGGCUCCCGGCAGAGCAGGGAGCCCGAUGUGGGGCUUGAUCCCAGGACCCUGAGAUCACGACCCAAGCCGAAGGCAGAUGCUUAACAACUGAGCCACCCAGGCGCCCCUAUUCUUCUGAAUUUAAAAUUCCACUGAUGUAAUUUUAGUUGGGUUUCAGGAAGGAAUAGUGGUAAAUGUAGGUGUUUAAUCUGCUGUGUUUAAUUGGAAUGAGCACAGAGACCAUGAAUGUAUAGCAAUAUCAAUUUGAAUGGUUGAGUGGCUUUUACUAGCAGAAUCCAGCAGUCCUGGUGGAUUUGGUAAGAGAAGGAUUGGCCAGUUGGAUUGGAGUUUCCCCAGGUGGGUUUGGUGGAAGGACCAAAGGGCCGAGGAGUUGAGGAUUUUGCACAAAGAGUGGUUGAAACAACAAAACAUACAAUCUAGGUUGCAUAAGCGAAGGAAAGAAAGAUAUGAGGGAGUUGAUGGUUAGAGGAGUUGAUGGACUAGAGAUCCCAUGAAGUCUGAAGAAACGUGAAUUUUUUAACAAACCCUACUUGGUCCUACCAGCAUCUUCUCAGCCUGGGGCUGAAGCCCUGUUCCUAACUCCAUUCAGGUUUCUUUGCUUUAUCAUUCUAUUUUGCAGGUUAACAUCAUUCUUCUUUAAAAAAAAAAAAAAACAAACAAACUCUGGGUGCCUGGGUGGCUCAGUCGGUUAAGUGUCUGCCUUCGGCUCAGGUCAUGAUCCCAGGGUCCUGGGAUCGAGCCCUACAUCGGGCUCCUUGCUCAACAGGGAGCCUACUUCUCCCUCUGCCUGCUGCUCCUUCUGCUUGCACUCUCUCUCUCUGUGUCAAAUAAAUAAAAUCUUUUAAAAAUUUUUAAAUAAAUAAAAGGAAAAAAAAAACUCUUGGGGUGGUUCAGUUGGUUGAGCAUCAACUCUUGGUUUCGGCUCAGGUCAUGGUCUCAUGGGUUGUGGGAUUGAUCCCUGAGUCAAGCCCUGAGUCAGGCUCUGCGCUCAGUGGGGAGUCUGCUUGAAGAUUCUCUCUUUCCCCCUCUGCCCCUCCUUCCAUUCCCACGCUCGCGCAUGCGAGCUCUCUCUCUCUCAAAUAAAUAAAUUAAAAAAAAAGGAAAAGAAAAACUCUUUGCAGGCAGGGGCUCUUCCCUCUCUCAGGUACCCAGGGCAGGAUUCUGUAUAUGGAACAAGGAUGAUAAUGUCUCACUUCUUUGUUUAUCCCUGGAAGAAACCGGGAGUGUUCAGAGUCCUCCAGAUUUCAUUUCUGAGCUGUGACUGAGGUGGAAAGGAUAAAGAAGGUCCUGGGAGGGGAGGAUGGAGUCUCCCCUAGAGACCCAUUCUUUGGAGCUUGGGGAAAAGCGUUCCUCCUGCUAGGAGACUCCCUUUGUUAACCAGUUGUUCCCUCCUUACAAACCUCUUGGAACCUGUUUUCUAGCCCCCUACUCAGAAAAUUCUCCCUUGGCCUGCUUGUCAUAUCUCCUGGCCUGAGUUCCUGUGAACGCCAGCAGAUGCCUUGGAGGGUCUCUCUUGAAAACUUAUUCUAUAGAAACGGAGGCCCUGAGGUGUCCUCACUCCUGGCCCAGUGGUCUUUGCAGGACAGCAAACUCAGGGCCUGAGAACCUCGAGAGAGGCAAUCAAGCAUGAUGGUUAGGGGCAGGGGCUUCAGAGCCCACCACGCCUGGGUUCAGACCCGGCAUGGCCAGGUGCUGGCUGUGUGAUCUGAACCAGUUACAUACAUGGCAUCUCUGGAAUCUCAGUUUAAAUGUGGGCAAUAAACUUACCUGAACAAUUGUAAAGGUGAUAAUAAUACAUAUUAAAUACAGAGUGUGGCAUGUGGUAAGUGCUUCGUUGGUACCUAUCUUUCUUUGCUUCUCCCCCUCAAGCCUCUCCACCCAAACGCCCCCCUGCUGCCACCUGUCAGGGGAGCUAAAGUGACACGGAUAAAGGAUUGGCUCUUUCAUUCUCAGGGUUUGGGCCAGCUCCCUCUGUCCCCCAAACCCAAUCUACUGAGGAAAAGUUUAAGGGUUGGACCGCUAGGGUUCCUUGAACCUGUGUUUUCAACUAGUAUGGGGUCCAGUGGCUGCUGACAGUGGAUUAAAUCAGAGCAACCCACUUUGAGGAAGUUUCUUCUUCAUAGUCCCUUGACCCUCUCGCCCACUCAUUUGGGGGGUUCCUAGGCCUUAGUGUUUUCCCCUCCUCCUGGCCAUCUCUCCGAACAUUUUCUCCCAUGGGGAAUGGAGCCCGUCACAAGGCUUCAGCUGUACCCUGAUUCUCAAAUCUGCUUUCUGUUCUAACAGCUCAUCAGAGCUUUGGGCCGACCUCCUCAUUCCUCUGUCCUUUCCUACCCACACCACCCUUAUUCAGAUGUGGAUCGCUUCUUGCCUGGUUUACAGCAACACCCUGUGAAUUCUACAUCCUGUGCUGUAUACUGGUCUGAGCAUCAGUUUCAUCACAUUAUUCCUUGCCACCAAGUCUUUCGUCUUUCAAUUUUAUCCUGAUGGCUGACUCUAAACCACUCUUCUCCCUUGAUGGGGACCCCAUGGCUGCAGAAGCCUUGCUCCGGGAUGUGUUUGGGAUUGUUGUGGAUGAGGUCAUUCGGAAAGGGACCAGUGCCUCCGAGAAGGUCUGCGAGUGGAAGGAGCCUGAGGAGCUGAAGCAGCUGCUGGACCUGGAGCUGCGCAGCCAGGGCGAGGCGUCGGAGCAGAUCCUGGCACGGUGCCGGGAGGUGAUCCGCUAUAGUGUGAAGACCUGUCACCCGCACUUCUUCAACCAGCUCUUCUCAGGGUUGGAUCCCCAUGCUCUGGCAGGGCGCAUUGUCACUGAGAGCCUCAACACCAGCCAGUACACUUAUGAAAUCGCCCCCGUGUUUGUGCUCAUGGAAGAAGAGGUGUUGAAGAAACUCCGGGCCCUGGUGGGCUGGAGCUCUGGGGAUGGGGUCUUCUGCCCUGGUGGCUCCAUCUCCAACAUGUAUGCCAUGAACCUGGCCCGCUAUCAGCGCUACCCGGAUUGCAAGCAGAGGGGCCUCCGGGCGCUCCCACCCCUGGCACUCUUCACAUCAAAGGAGUGUCAUUACUCCAUCAAGAAGGGAGCUGCUUUUCUGGGACUUGGCACCAACAGUGUCCGAGUAGUCAAGACAGAUGAGAGAGGGAAAAUGGUUCCUGAGGAUCUGGAGAGGCAGAUCAGUCUGGCCGAGGCUGAGGGUGCCGUGCCGUUCCUGGUCAGUGCGACGUCUGGCACAACCGUGCUGGGGGCCUUUGACCCCUUGAACGCGAUUGCUGACGUGUGCCAGCGUCUCGGGCUGUGGCUGCAUGUGGAUGCCGCCUGGGGUGGGAGCGUCCUGUUGUCACAGACACAUAGACAUCUCCUGGAUGGGAUCCAGAGGGCUGACUCGGUGGCCUGGAAUCCUCACAAGCUUCUGACAGCAGGCCUGCAGUGCUCAGCUCUUCUUCUCCGGGAUACCUCGAACCUGCUUAGGCGCUGCCACGGGUCCCAGGCCAGCUACCUCUUCCAGCAAGACAAGUUCUAUGACGUGGCUCUGGACACUGGAGAUAAGGUGGUGCAGUGUGGCCGCCGCGUGGACUGUCUGAAGCUGUGGCUCAUGUGGAAGGCACAGGGCGGGCAAGGGCUGGAGCGGCGCAUCGACCAGGCCUUUGCCCUUGCCUGGUACCUGGUGGAGGAAUUGAAGAAGCGAGAAGGAUUUGAGUUGGUUAUGGAGCCGGAGUUUGUCAAUGUGUGUUUCUGGUUUGUGCCCCCCAGCCUGCGGGGGAAGCAGGAGAGCCCGGAUUAUAGUGAAAGGCUGGCUAAGGUGGCCCCAGUACUCAAGGAGCGCAUGGUGAAGGAGGGCUCCAUGAUGAUCAGCUACCAGCCCCAUGGGACCCGGGGCAACUUUUUCCGCAUGGUUGUGGCCAACCCUGCGCUGACCCGGGCUGAUAUGGACUUCCUUCUCAACGAGCUGGAAAGGCUAGGCCGGGACCUCUGAGCCUCCUCCUCCUCCUCCUUGCUGCUGGCCCUGACCACCCCCCCCCGCCCCCCCGCCGCCCCGUCUCUGUGCAUUCCCUUCCUGUGUUUUCAAGAACAGACUGACUUAACAACCUUUCUGUGCCUUGAUCCACUAACUCUCUAAUUAAAUAUUUGCUACUAGGAGAAUAUUUAAAUAAACUACAGUAUAUCCAGAUGAUGGAAUGGUACUCUGCCAUUAGAAUUAUGUUUACAAACAAGAUUUUUAUUGCUAUGAGAAAAGAUAAUUUUAAUAUAAUGCUAUAUUGAAAAAGCUGGAUACAAGACUUUGUAUAUAGUAAUAUCUGAGUGGUGUUCAUACAUAGAAGACUGAUAAAAUGAAAUAUGUCAAAUAUUAAUAAUUUUCCCUGGGAUGGGAUUAUAGGCAAUUUAAAAUUAAUUUUUUAUACAUUUUGUGCUCUUCCCUUUUAUUACAUAAUUAAUAUGCAUUACUUUUAUAAUGGGGAAAUAAUAAAGUUAAACCUUCAACUAUAUUA